AUGUCUAUUGAUAAAAGCUGGACUACUAAUCCAUAUCGAAACCAUCCCGAGUUCCAAGCAGGACUCAAAGCUUUUAUUGAGAAGUCGAAGUUGCACCUUGAUAGUAAUGGUAAAAUCAGAUGUGCGUGUGAAAAAUGUGAUAACCGUUACUUCAAGUACCCGACUGUAGUUGAACGCCAUAUAUUUAUAAAUGGUUUCAGUAAGGCGUACAAAAUUUGGAUCUAUCAUGGUGAAUCUUUUAUUCCUCCCGUCGUCUUGCCAAGUAACGAAAUGGCCGAUUUAAUCGACGAUGUGAUGUGGGAGUCGAGAGAAAAUGAUACCAACCUCGAUGAAGGAACCUCGAAUACAAGGGGUAGCGGUGUGGAUGAUGAUUUUGCACAGUUGUUGGAAGAAAUGGAAACUCAAUUGUAUACUGGUUGCAUCUUUUCUUCCCUUGAGUUUCUAGCAAAGUUAAUGCAUAUCAAGGUGAACAACAAAUGGACUGAUAGUUCAUUUGAUCAACUCCUUGAGCUCUUGCAAUUAGCAUUUCCCAAAGGCAACAAGGUUCCCCUUUCACAUUAUCUAGCCAAAAAGAAACUAAAGUCUAUUGGCCUGGGGUAUGAGUCGAUACAUGUGUGUAAAAACGAUUGUUGUCUCUUUUGGAAAGAACAUGAUUCAUUGCAAGUUUGUCCCAUUUGUAAAGAGAGCCGAUGGAUCGAUAAAAACACCAAGGGUAAGAAAGUACCUCAUAAGGUGUUACGGUACUUUCCUGUGACCCCUAGACUACGACGUUUAUAUUGUUCGAGGCACACUGCCAAAAAUAUGAUUUGGCAUAGUACCAGACGUUCAGAAGAUGGUGUGAUGAUUCAUCCUGUUGAUGGGGAACAUUGGCAAGAUUUUGAUAAAAAAUACCCCGACUUCUCGAGUGAACCCCGUAACGUACGCCUAGGUCUUUCAGCUGACGGUUUCAAUCCAUUUGGAAACAUGUGUAAUCCACAUAGCACAUGGCCGGUCAUACUCACCACAUACAAUCUGCCACCCUGGCUUUGUAUGAAAGAGUCAUCAUUCAUGUUGACUUUGUUGAUUCCAGGACCGAAAGCUCCAGGUAAGGAUAUGGAUGUUUUCCUUAGACCGUUGGUGGAAGAGCUUAAACAUUUGUGGAACUCAGGCGUACGUAUUAAAGAUGCGGCGACAAACACAUUCUUCACGAUGAGAGCUAUGUUGUUGUGGACAAUAAACGAUUGGCCAGCUCGUAGUAGUUUAUCGGGUUGGAGUGGGCAAGGGUAUAGAGCAUGUGCUACUUGCAAUGAAGACACUCCUUCGUACCGUGCAACAAACAAAGUCGUAUAUAUCGGUCAUCGUCGUUUCCUAGAUGCUAAUGAUCCGUUAAGAAAGAGGUUGGACUUUAAUGGGAUGGAAGAGACAAGACCCGCUCCGAGACACUUUAGUAAUGAUGACAUACAAGAGCAACUAGGUCGUCUACUAACUCGUAAACCGGGUAAACAUCCUGAGCAUGGAGGCGGGGAGCCAAAGCGGCAAGAUUAUGAGUUGAACUGGUCGAAACGAAGCAUUUUCUUCGAACUCGAGUAUUGGUCUUCUCUACAGUUGAAACACAACAUAGAUGUCAUGCAUGUCCAGAAAAAUGUGGACGAGAGUUUGUUAGGUACUCUCCUAAUGAACGAUAAAAGCAAAGACACAUCAAAUGCACGAGAGGACUUGAGAAUUCUAAACAUUCGGAGAAAUGAAUGGUUGCAAAAAAAUGGUGACAAGUUUCAUAGACCCCAGGCAAGAUACUCUUUCACGAAAUCUAGUCGACAACUCUUUUGUCAAUUUAUAAAAGAGGUUAAGCUGCCGGAUGGGUUUGGUUCUAACAUUAGUAAGAAAGUGAACGAUACCAAUACUAACAUUAUUGGGUUGAAAUCGCAUGACCACCACAUUCUUAUUCAACGUUUGAUACCGAUUGGAGUAAGAGGGUUGUUAGACAAAGAUACUUAUACACCUAUUGUAGACCUUUGUACGUUUUUCAAGCAACUUUGUUCCAGAACAUUGAAGGUGGAGGAUAUGAGGAAAGCAAAAGUAGACAUUAUUGCAAUCUUGUGCAAGUUAGAAUUGAUUUAUCCUCCGGCGUUUUUUGACAUUAUGGUUCAUUUACUUUUGCAUUUACCUGAUGAAGCAAUUGCUGGAGGCCCGGUUUGUAUGAGAUGGAUGUUUCCAUUUUGUUCAAUGUACCUUCGAGAUGUAAAGAAUCGUCCGGAAAGAAAUGUAGAUAUUGUCAUUGAAAAAACAAAGUUUUGGAUGUUUGAGUCUAAAUGUCGACCGACCAGCACAACUCAAAUCAAAACUCUUAAUUUAACGGAAAUGCAUAACAUGGAAUGGUUUGUAUUGAAUAGCUGUGAAGAAGUCAGACAGUAUAUCAAGAAAUUCAAAUCUGAGCAUCCCCAAAGUGAUGAAAAGAGAGAAUUUCAAAAAUCUCCAGAAUUCCACGAAGAGUUGUCGGUUCUUGCAAUGGGCCCGCAAAUGAAUGCCUAUUCUUACACCGCAUGCAUAGUCAAUGGUGUUAGGUUUAUGGUACUUAGUCGUGACACACAACGUACAACACAAAACUCUGGGGUUUUAGCGGUGGGUGAGAAAGGCGAGAAGUAUUAUGGCCAGUUAGAAGAGAUUAUAGAGUUGAGGUAUACACAUGAUUAUUCAACUGUACUAUUUCGUUGCAAGUGGUUUGAUACUCGAACAGGAGUUAUUUCUAGUGAUAGUUUCACCAGUAUCGACACACGACGCGAAGCAUACAAAGAUGAUCAACUCAUAUAUGCGUCACAAGCCAAACAAGUGUUCUACAUCAGAGAGCCAAACAAUAACCAUCGGUGUGUUGUCGAGCAUGUUAAUCAUCGAAGUAUUUGGGAUCUACCAUCGAACGAUGACCUUGUUCAAAAUGUUGACAAUGUCUCACACGAAAAUGUAGACGAUGUCGAUGUACUUCAAAAUAUCUCUUCAUCCGAUGCUCCGCUUUUUAUCGAUUUCAGCAUGUACUUUCAAAACAUUCCUAGAGUCAUUGUUGAUGUAGAAAGUGCAUCUGAAGUUCCUCCGCCAACUGGUAGAGUCAAUGAUGUUUCUGAUUGCGAUACUGAUUACGAUGACACCGAUUCUGACUAUGAUACCGAAGAAGACACUGAAGGAUAUGAGGAAGAUUCUGAUUAG